GCGGGUAGGUGAGAGACUGGAACCGCUCAACCCAGUUUCCCUCGGUAAUCAAAGGCUUGGAAGCUAAGCGGAAAUUUAAGUUUCUCGGUUGUGUUGUGGAAGACCAAAACGUGAUCGUUGUCCACUGAAGAAAGGUUAGUAUCUCUUCCAUAAAGAAGACAGUUAGCAGGUUAAGAGGAGAUCCCAUCCUCAAAAAGAAUGGGCGAUAGCGUCGCAGAUCCCUUUGAGGACAUCGAUUCAGGAGACGAAGAUCUAGAAAAGCCGCCAACACCUGGAAUCCAUCAUGGCGGUGAUUCGCCAGAUGCGCCAGGUUUUAGCGAUAUUUCUGACAACGAGGAUGAAGACAAGACAAAAGACGAAGUCCCGAAACAGCAGUCUGAAAAUAGCAACGACAAUGGUAGUUUGAAUUCUCCUGUCGAAGAGGAAAUUAAUGAAAAGGAGGAUAGCCCAGAGGAGGAAAAACAAAGCGGUAGUCCACUCUAUGAUCAAGAAAUGUCGCCAGUUUCAUCAACAUCGGCCACAGCUGAAGAGCACGAGACUCUAUUUGGCAAAGUUGAACGUGAAGCUGUUUCAGACGAGGAGGAAUCUCCGUCGCUAGCUGCACAAAUACACACAGAAACUACCUCAGACUUUGAACGCAAACAAGAACGAUUGGAUGGCGAUAAAGAUAAACGUGAGGUUUCUAGUCAGGAAUCUGUUCUAAGAGAAAUGACUGAAGAGACAAACGAGGGACAAAGUGGUGGAAAUUCAAAUGAUGCAGAAGAGCCAACAGAAAGGAGGCGAACGAUUUCUUCAGGGGCGGCCACGGACGAUGAUUUAGAAAUGCCAAUCUCACCUCUUGGGCUUGGACUUUCAGGACCAGAAUCAGAGAUAGUUGAGGAUAUUCUUAAAAGUGAUGUUUCCAAACUUCUUCCGGAUAACAAAGACGAGACUCAGGAAGAAGCAGCAGACCAAAAUGACUAUGAAGAAGAAACCAAGGAAGAGAAAAGUUUUGCCGAGAGUGAAGCAGUGGAGCAAGAUGAAGGGUUGGAGUCUGGUGAGGAGGCAGGAGAGCAGUUGAUUGCAGACAUUUUUGGUGCUAGUGACGAAGAGGAGGAAUUUGUGGGAUUUGGUCAAGAAGAUAUUGAGGUGACUAAGAAGAAGAAAGGAGCCAGGGACAGAAAGCAUCACUUGUUGUCUGUUGGAUCAGAGGUGGAUGAUGAAGAAGGAAAGGCUGAAAAGGAUAUCACUGAAACAAUGAAAGUGCCGAAACCGAAAUCCAAUAAAGGGGCCAGCAGUGAUAGUGAUGAGGAUGCUUUUGACGACAGACCAGCAUUUGUAUCAGAUUUUGACCUGAUGAUCCAGAAGAAGAAAGAGAUGAACAAGACUUUUAGAAAGAAAAGAAAGAAUGUUGAUAUCAUAAGUGACAGUGAUGAUGCAAUAGCACGUAUGAUUACCCAGAUGAAGGAGGCUGCAGAGGAGGACAGAAUGCUAAAUGGUGCAAAGCAAGCUGCUACCAAGAAACUCAAGAUGCUUCCAUCUGUUUUAAGGCACCUACACAAGGCUGAUUUACAAAUGACAUUCCUUGAUCUUGGAGUUUUAAAUGUUUUGAAGGAGUGGAUUAGUCCUUUGCCAGACGGCUCAUUACCACAUCUGCAGAUUCGGGAAGGAUUACUCAAAGUGUUGGCUGAGUUUCCGCCUAUGGACGGCAGAGCGCUAAAAAUGAGCGGCAUUGGUAAAGGAGUUAUGUACCUGUGUCGUCACCCAAAGGAGACCAGAGAGAACAAAAAAGUAGCGGGAAAACUCAUUAAUGAUUGGGCGCGACCGAUAUUUGGUGUCACUUCAAACUUCAAGUCGCUUAGUCGAGAGGAAAGAGAAGAACGCGACUAUCAAAAUAUGUCCAAGAAAAGGCGGUUAAGUUCAGUAGAUAGCGACGGAGGGAAGACGCCUAAGUCUAUUGAUUCUGCUCUGCAGAGCGAAAAAAAAGCCGUGAGGCCUGGUGACAAAGGUUUCGUGAUGCGAGCCCGCGUUCCUAUGCCGUCCAACAAGGAUUAUGUCGUAAGACCGCAGAAUAGCAUUGAACGAGCUGAUUUUAACAGGAAACCGCAAAAGUCCAUGGACAGGUUUGAAAAGCAGAAAAGAAAGUUCGAAGAGAAGAAGAAAUUACUCAACAGAGGAUCACAGAGAGCUGUCGAAAUCAGCAUUGAAGGAAGGAAAAUGGCGCUGUGAUCAUAAAAUGGCGAUCUUUGCGUACCGGUUACACGAAGUAGGAUUAUGACGGAAUCAGCUGGCCGAGAAAUUCGCUGUUUUCUUGUGUCAGUCCUCUCUGUGUACAACAAACCGCGGGACCCUCGAGAAUUACUUAAAGUGCAAAUGAAGUGACAAUUUCUAUCCUAAAAUUUGUAAAUUUAGUGGGAUUGUAAAAGUUUCCUUGGCGGCAGAGGCACUGAAUGUGUUCAAGUGACCAAGCAAUCUAACAAGAAGUGGUCAGAUCAGUCACGCAAUGAAACUUCCUUUUCCAAUAAUUCUGAAAGUUUGAGAGGCCGAUUUGCACUGAAAAAGAUAAGAGUAACGGUGGACUUACAAUCGUGAAUAUCCUGCAUCGUAUCGCAUGGGAAGCAAAUUUCUCCCAACCCCAAGAAAAUUUUGAAAGACUCUUUAACUCUCGUCCCCAGAUCACCUGCAGUCAGUUGCAGAGUAAGAACUGGUGACGAGAUUGCCAAAACGUUCUGGCAUUAUCUUGGGUUGUUCCGUGAUUGGAUGUCAAACAAGCUUUUCAUUGAGAAAGAAGACUAUUCAUUUCAGGUGCACUUAAAGAACAAAGAACGAAACCAAAAAAAUGGGCGUGCGAACAAAUUAGGGCUAUCAUCUCUCGACUUUACCAAGCUUUUUGUUCGUCGUAUGGACUUGAUUUAAAAUCCCUGUACAGGAAGUAAAAUAACGGUCUUAUCAGCCCCACUAGACAGCCAGAAAAUAACAGUAAUCGGGAAAAGCGUUUUCAUUGUUUUUACCAAUGAGCUGAAAGGAGUUGUUUAAACUUUUAUGUUUUACUGAUAUUUGCGACUUGAGAAAAAUCCCUUUCGCUGAACUGCGGCGAUGCGAUUUCAUCUACUUUCCAUUUUGUACAUGUAAAUAGCUCAAAAAUAAAAUAAAUGGAUCUAAAUGUGAACAGA